AUGCUAGGCGAUCAGCCUUUUCUUCUAGUAAAGAAUGGUGGGAGUCAAUCUUCACCAGUCCAGGAUUUCACUUCUGAGUAUUUUACUGUGGUCGUAAAACCGCUAUCUUCGGAGAAUCUAGAGGAAAUACCCGAUGUAGCAGCGUCAGAUCAGAAAGAUCCCCUAGUUCGCAAAGUCAUUUACAGUCUGGCCAAAGCGCAACAAACACCAAUCGCUGAGUUGGAACCCAUACCCAACGACAAGUCUUUUCUUCCCGAGAUCGACAACGAGACCUCUACCAGGAAGCCUCAGACAUCCAAAGAUGAUGGGAAAGUCUUUAGACUCGCAAGAUCCGCAUCUCAAGGCCUGCAAUAUACAGCCGGUGAGCCAUCGCAAUGCCAAGAAUCUUCUACGGACGAUGAGGCGGCAUUCAGGGAUCUCAAGAAUCACAGAGCGCCGCCACCAGCUGCUGAAGGUAUUGUCGCAUCUGAAGCGGCUUCAAUAAUCGUGCCCACAGUUCCAUCAUGGAUUGCUGAGGGCUCGCAAUACUCCAUCAGGAUAGACGUAGCCUAUAGCGAAGGUUGUGAUACUGAAUACCCCAGGAACUGCGAGCACUACCUUGCCCAGCUCACCGCUCGGCCUGAAUUUCCUCGAGCAAAGGAGUAUGAGUAUUCCCCAAUGCCAGAUAUGUUGGAUGUUGAGAUAAUGAACCAGCGGUUGAACUGGGUGGUUCCUGACGAUGGCGAAGCUCCCCGUCUUCUAAGAGAAUUACCAGUACCUCCAUUUCACAUUGAUUCGGAACUGGCUCGUUGUGUUCGUUUUGCGCAGUCAGAUUCACAAAAACGGGUUGAUUGGCGAGUUCACCCCAACCACGUUGCUGAGAUUAUUCAGCGUACCAACUUUUACGGAAUGGAGUUGUUGAUCAGCCGGGGCUUUAUGCACAUAUCGUGCCCUCCGACCAUAGGUGAGUUUGAGCUAGCUAUAGAAACUCGGCUUGCACAUGCGUCCUUCAGGAAAGACCCAGUCGCCUACGUUGCGGCCGACGUUCGAGCCUUAGCAGACUAUCUGGUGGAAGAUAUCCCUUCAGCAAUGAGCUUUAUCCUGAAGGGAGAAAAGUACCACUUCAGCGAUUUUAGUAAGUUUUAUAGCGUGAAAUUUGAGGCGAUGUACCCUCCUUUCGAUGCUAUCGGUCUACCGGCAUGGCGUCUAUUAGUGAAAGGUGAGCUGGACCGACCUUCGCUCAAGGCCUAA